CGCGUGUAAAUGCACAAGCUCAAGCCUAUGAAUUUAUGACAAAUUAUAGUGAAGGGUGUGAAGCUGUUGGACGUCUUGAAAAGGUUGUCGGUUGGUACCAUUCCCAUCCAGGUUAUGGCUGUUGGUUAAGUGGAAUUGAUGUUAGCACGCAAGCACUUAAUCAACAAUUUCAAGAACCUUUCGUAGCUAUUGUGAUUGACCCAAUUCGGACGAUUAGUGCAGGGAAAGUUGACAUUGGCGCUUUUAGAACUUAUCCAAAAGGCUAUAAACCCCCAGACGAACCUCAAUCAGAAUAUCAAACAAUUCCUUUAAAUAAAAUUGAAGAUUUUGGUGUACAUUGCAAACAGUAUUAUUCAUUGGACAUUACUUAUUUCAAAUCUUCACUUGAUACAAAAAUAUUUGAUGCUCUUUGGAAUACUUAUUGGGUAAACACACUUUGUUCCAAUCGUUUAAUAACCAAUUCUCAUUAUAUAACUUCACAAGUUUAUGAUUUGGCUGCAAAAUUAGAACAAAUUGGAAAUAAAAAUUCUUCAAUGUUUGGAGAAAAAUUACAAAAAGCUGUUAAAGAUGGAGAAAAAUUGGGGUGUGAAGUUUUACAUGGAAUGAUUGUACAUGCUGUUAAAAAUAGUCUCUUUUCUUCUUGCUCAAUAGCUAAAUUAACGAAAGAAAACGAUCAAACAAAAAAUUUAGAAAAGGACCAAGAAGAAUCUAGAAAAUUGGAAGUUAUUUGUGAUCACAUACAAUUGCCUGAAAUUGUAGAAAAAGACGAAAAAAUAAUUGAAGAAGAAAUGUCAGCAGAAAAUAAAGAGAAAGAAGAAGAGGAGGGGAUUGAUGAAAUUAAUAAAGGGGAUUGCUCAAAGAAUGUUACCCCAAUGGAAGAAUAA